UCUUUCAUUUGGCCGCUGUAGGUUGGUAUACCUCACUUGAACAGUCUUUCUGCAUUCUCACGGCGUGGAGGGAAAGCUUAAAGUGAAGCAAGUCAGCUGGUUGUUUAUUUAUUGUCCCUUGUGAUCAGUAAUAAUGACGGAAACUGCACCACAGCCCAAGUCGAUGAUGCGGGGAAAGAAGUGGUGUGAGGAGGUUGAGGAGGCAUACCGAUUCCAGCUGGCUGGAUAUCGUGACGCAGCUGAAUACAAGACAUUCCACAAUACUGACGUCGUAGACAGGUGGCCACACAAUGGUUUCGUGAAGAAACUGGUCCGGCGUGAUGGCUGCUUCUACUAUUACAACAAGGACAGAGAGUGUCCUGACAAGGAUGUCUCCAAGAUAAAGCUUUACCAGUACUAGAUCUGUGGCAAUCUUCAUCAAGGCAUUGUACAUAGUGCAUGCAUAGCCGUUCGUCAUCCGUUCCUCAACCUAUCUGUUUAUGAUGCAUGGUGCUUGAAGAGAACUUCACAUGAUGAAACUGUUACAUUUCCCCCUCAUUGUCAUAAAUGGUGAAAGGUGUGAUUGGUUGCUGGUUUGACUGUCAUUCUGUGAUAUAUACAUGUAUGCAUCCUGGUCACAGGGCCACCUGUUCUGAUCUCAUGGGAGAUGGUUGUGGUGCUGAUUGUGAUAUGCAUGUUUUGCUGACUAAGUCAAACAAUCCACAUUGUAUAAUAAUUGACUUUGUUUGUGGUUUGACGGUUAUGUGUUCAAGGAAUGUAGCAAAAGAGAGGUGUGUUUUGGAGAAUUUUCGCUGUUUAAUAAGAAGCUUAUGUACAGUUUUAUUGAUCGCCAUUUUAAAUCUUCUAGAAUCAAUAGCUUCAGAAGAUGUAAAUAUGUGCAAUUCGGAAUGAGAAAGGAGAGGUGAUGAUCAGUUAUCAAUCAAUAUUCAGUCUGUUAUAAGCAUUAUGCAUUGUACCAAAGUCAGUUACUUUAACAGGCUUUAAAAUAUUAUCUUGUGAUUACUCAAAUUUACGUCUUGAAAUGAAAAGAAACAUGUAAAGCAUAAUUCAUUCUUUGCCAAACUGUAAUAAAUUGUACAUUCCAUUUCAACUGAAAUAAACUUGACACAACUG